AUGAAUGGAGAAUUAUUAAGUAUUGAUUCUGCGGCUUUUUAUAACUCUAAACUUAAAAAUAUUACUAUUCCUGAUUCUGUAAAAUAUAUUCGUGGACACGGUGAUAAUGAAGUUAUAGGUGGAGUAUUUUGCUUUUGUAAGUCUUUUGAAAACAUAAUUAUUUCAGAAAAUAGCCUUUUGGCUUUUAUUGGUUAUGCCGUUGCCCAACUCACACCAGUGAAAAAUAUUUUCAUUCCUCAAAACUGUAUGAUCUCUUUGGGAGCUUUUAACCUCAUGGAUAAUCUCACCAUAACAAUAGAUCCUAGAAAUCUUCAUCUGAAGAUGUUUGAUAACUGUAUAUAUAGUUUUAAUUUAAAUUCUUUAUAUUGGAUCCCAAGUUAUUAUCAAAAUAAUUUUACUUUCAAUUCUAAUUGUCAUGCUAUUGAAAGUCAAGCUUUCAGAGGUUAUAGAACUAAUAAUGAUUUGGUGAUACCAAAAGAAAUUACAACUAUUAAGAUAGACGCUUUCUAUCAGUGCUUAUGCAGAUCAAUCAUCUUUCAAAAUGAUAUGUUUGAAACACCAAAUUAUAACUUAUUUUAUGCUUGUACUUCCGCUAUUAAAAUGCCAGAAAAACUUAGAGUAGUAAAAUCUAGUGUUUUCGAAAGAUACAAUGGGAACAGCAUCGAGUUUUAUUCGGACUUGCAAAUGAUUGAAAGUGAAAGUUUUAUUAAUUGUUCACAUUUGGAAACUAUAAAAUUUAACAAAUUAAAUAGCAAUAUGAUCAUUGAUUCAAAUUCUUUCUACAAUUGUGCAAAUCUACAAUAUCUACUAUUUCCUUUUGAUAGCAGUGAUAUAAUCACAUUCAACUUAACAUGUCUCAAUCGUUGUACUUCAUUCAAAGGUAUUAAGUUUUAUCUAAAUAUCCCUAGAAAUAUUAUGAAUUUUAAUGCUGAUAAGAAAAUCAUUGAAAUCGAAAUGAAAGCUUCAAAUUCAAAGGGAAUUUUUAUUGAUUGCGGAAAAUUCCAUAUCAAGAAUCUCUAA